CUCGCGGCGGCGGCGGGACGGGUCUGCCAUUGGCUCCGCGGCGGGCGCGCUGACCGCCAGCCUCCUCCAAACUAUUUCCUGUUGCUGCCGCGUUAAUGCUAAACAGACCUUGCUGUCUCCCCCUCGCUCCAGCCAAAGUGCAGCCGGCUCCCGCCGCCGCGCCGCUCCCGCCUGCUCCGGGCCCCGCGCCCCGGCCCCCCCCACAGAUGCGGAGCGGGCGGCACCCGCCGCGGCCCUGAGCGGGAUGGAGCCGCGGCAGCGGGCGAUGGAGCUGCUGAGCAACAGCAUGGCCGCGUACGGCCACAUCCGAGGCCACCCCGAGAGCUUCGGGCUCUACUUCGUGCUGGGCGUCUGCUGCGGGCUGGUGCUGACGCUGGGGCUGCUGGUGCUGCGCCGCUCCUGCCCCCCCCGCGCCCGCCCGCCGCCCCCGCCCGGCCCCGGCGACGAGGACGAGGACGAGGAUGAGGAUGAGGAGGAUGAGGAGGAGGACACCAUCGACCGGGCGGCCUCCGAGUCGCUGCUGCCGGUGACGGAGCUGCCGCCGGAGAGCGCCGGGGACGGGGCCGCGCUGCCGGCCGUCAACGUCUUCGCCUCGGCCGAGGAGCUGGCGCGGGCGCAGCGGCUGGAGGAGCGCGAGCGCAUCCUGCGCGAGAUCUGGCGCAACGGGCAGCCCGACCUGCUGGGCGCCGGCCGCCUCCACCGCUACUGAGCCCCGCGCGGCCACCGGUACGAGCGCCUGCCCCAACGGGGGGCUUGGACGGACGCUGCGGCGAUGCCCCCAUGCCGGAGCCCGCCGGACCCUGCGGACACGUUCCCAGGCUGCUUCCCGCCCCCCCCCGGCGAGCCCCCGCGGUCCCGCUAAAAUUAGCCCUUUCCGGCACCGCCCGGCCCCUGACCCAGCGCCGGCGAGAAGGGGGGGAAACGUGCAGCCCCCUCCGGCCCCCCUCCAUCCCCCGGCAGCCUUGCAAAAAUAGCUGCUUCCCAGGCCGGUCCCCCGCGCCUCCGGCCCUAACAGGAUCCAGAUGUUUUCCAGAUGUUCUCCCAGCCCCGCGCCCAUGGCGGGACGCCAGGAUGCGCCGGGGCCUGCGUCGGCGCGCUGAGCCGGGAAGGGCGGCGGAGGCGGCAGCCCGCCGUGGGGCCCGGCCCCACUGUGGGGCCCAGCCCUGCCAUGGGGCAGCCCCGCUGUGGGGCCCAGCCCUGCCAUGGGGCAGCCCUGCCUGUGAUGCUGCCUCCGGCACGUCCCGCUCCCCAGCAGCGCCCGUGCAGCCAGGCAGGGCUCCGUACCCAAAAUAGUUUAUUUUACACGAUAUUUAUAAUAAACAGGGGUUUUUCGCCA